ACUAUUUUUUCAAUUUGGACUAAAAAAAAUCCGUCAAUUUUUAAACCUAAUUUUAAAAAAUUGUGCUACAGUGUCAUGAUUUUGUUAAUUUUUGGACCGGUUUUUGCCCCGUGUUUUUUGUGCGGAAACCCUUGUGUUUCUAGGCGCCAAAUUCGAAAACUUUCAGCUACUAACUAAAUAAACUCGAUAAAAAUACAGAAAACUCAUCUACGCAAAGUGUGCAACUAUUCAAACAUUCUUCUCGCAAGGUGAAUCCAUACGAUCGACUCGCCAAAGAAGGUGAAAGUUAAAUUACUAAACAGUCAACUAUGUCGCCUUGAAGAAAAUAUUGUGUUAGUUCCCAUCCCAUUUGAGAUGGAUUUUCACGCUUACUUUAUGUGCAUUUGUGUCUUUUUCCUGUUCAAUUUCGUGGCCUUUUCCAAUGGUUUGCAGAGAUGUUUCAUGUGCCGAUCAAGAGGAGAGUUGGGCAGCUGCAAAGACCCAUUCGUAGCCAAUGUAACUCUAGUGGAAAACAAGCAGGAAAUCGGCAUUGAAACGGUACCUUGCGCCUCUGGCUGGUGUGGAAAAAUCGUAGAGAGCGAAAAUGCUGCAAAGGAAGAAUAUGGAGUGGCGACUCAAAGAAUCUGCUUGCAACGAGGUCCUUCGGACAGUGAAGAUCGCUGCGCCUACACCAAGUGGAACUAUCGAAAAGUGCUGAUGUGCUUCUGCAAAGGGGAUCUGUGCAAUGGGGGCGUCAGCUUCACCCCCCAAGCGGCUGUUUAUGCAUUAUUAGUCUGUAUGUUUUUAAUUUUUUAGUUGCUAAGUUAAAUCAACAUCCUAGCUCAAAUUGAAAA